UCAAAUCAAUUCUUAAACAUCUGUGAGCAAUAUGGGAUGCAGUAACAGUACCGCCGGGGCUGAUCCGACCAGCGUGCCUGCCACAACUGAAAACGGUGUAAACAAGCCAUCGGAAGACCCCCCAAGCCCACCGGCUCAGCAACAACAAGAAAGUACUGAAAAACCAGCAGAAAACACACAACAGCAGACGACGGAACCUGAACAAGCCACAGAGAAACCAAAAGCAGAGGCAGAACAGACUGCACAGACUGAACAGAAAGAGGAUACCCCUGUCACCCAGACUGAAGAACCAGCAGGACAGACAAACGAUGAACCACAGAAGAACGAACAAACGGAACAGGAACAAGCAUAGAGGGGUAUAAUAGUGGGAAUCACAGGAGUGAAAUUAGAUACAUUUUACCGAAUUCUGAUUCACAAUACUGAAGAUGAAGGCAGAGAUGACGAAGAGGCUGGAUAAUGAGAAGAGAUGUGUACAUUCCGUCCAGCAACUGUUUACAUUUAUAAUUGAUAGCUAUCAAAUGUAUCAUUUAUUUUUAUACAUGCACCAAAAAUCCUUGAAAGGUCGUAAUGCUACUGUCCCAGUUUUACCGCUGCAACUUAAAUGAUAUGAUCCAAGAGUUGUUUUUUUUCUGUAGUAUAACAUAAUCUAAGCGAAUGAAAUUUCUCUCUGCUCUAGAAUUACUUUUCAUAAAAGAAAAUAUUGAAAUAUAAGGUUACUAAUAAAACAAAGCUAUGAAACUCGAGGUAACUGAU